CGCGGCCUGGUGGCGACAUGAUCUUCGGGAAGAUCAUUCACAAGGAAAUCCCAUCCCAAAUCAUUUUUGAGGAUGACCAGUGUCUUGCUUUCCAUGACAUUUCCCCUCAAGCACCAACUCAUUUUCUGGUGAUAUCCAAGAAACCUAUAUCUCAGAUUUCUGUAGCAGAAGAAGAUGAUGAAAGUCUUCUUGGACAUUUAAUGAUUGUUGGCAAGAAAUGUGCUGCUCAUCUGGGCCUGAAGAAGGGUUAUUGAAUGGUGGUGAAUGAGAGUUCAGAUGGGGGACAGUCUGUCUGUCAUGUUCAUCUCCAUAUUCUUGGAGGUCGGCAGAUGAAUUGACCUCCUGGUUAAGCAUGUUUUAAGGAUAAUUUUCCCUUCUCUACGCAAUGGUCAAUAUUUCCCAGUUCCAGUAUGUUAAACAGUAUACUUACUUUUGCCUGUGUAUGGAGAGAUUGAGGAAAUAAUUUUUAAAACCCAUACAUAAUAAAAGACAAUGUUGCAUGG